AUCACUGCUGCCUACAGCAUGUCUAUUAGGGUUACUUUCGUGUGCUGUGUAAUAGCGGUGUCGGGGGCAUUCGCUCAGUUGAUUCCCGGCGGAUGGACCGAAACCAGACCUAUUGACCCUUACCCCAUGCAAGUCGUAUUAUCUUUGAAGAGUGACAUUGUGAGUAGAUUGAACUCCAUGUACAUAACUGUAAAUGAAUUUCAACCAUUCCUGUACCGGGAAAGAGUGGCGGUAGGCGCUGUGUACCAGGUCAAGAUACGUAUUGGCUAUGGACGCUACGUUCACGUCACAAUUUACCAACAUUUCUCCGGAACUCCAACCGAGGUCCAGGACAUACAGACCAGGAAAACUCUGGCGGACCCCCUGACAUAGACGGGAGGGCC